AAAGGAAAAGAGGAGGAAUGGGAGGAGAUGGAGGAGUGGAGCAGCAGGAAAUGUUUGUGUGGUUUAAAUCUAAGCCAGACUCUCCUGUGAAAGUAACGUGCAUGGAUCUGUGAGCGCAGGAAAAGGUUUUGAAGAUUAAACAGCAGCAUGGUCAGCCGAGUGGAACAUCCUGCUGCAGGCUACAGGAAGAUCUUUGAGACGGUGGAGGAGCUAAAUGAACCCAUACCUGCAAAUAUCACUGGUGUGAUCCCAUCAUGGCUCGGAGGAAGUCUUCUCAGGAUGGGUCCGGGUCUUUUCGAGGUGGGAGACGAACCUUUCCACCAUUUGUUUGAUGGACAGGCUCUCAUGCACAAGUUUGACCUGAAGGGCGGUCAGGUGACGUACUUCAGGAAGUUCAUAAGGACGGAUGCUUAUGUACGGGCCAUGACUGAAAAGAGAGUUGUCAUCACAGAGUUUGGCACUGUUGCCUAUCCAGACCCAUGCAAAAAUGUCUUCUCCAGGUUCUUUACAUACUUCAGAGGCAUUGAAGUGACCGAUAACUGUUUAGUAAACCUCUACCCAAUUGGUGAAGAUUUUUAUGCCGUCACAGAGACUAAUUACAUCACAAAGGUGGAUCCUGAUUCACUGGAGACAUUGAAAAAGGUGGACCUAUGUAAAUAUCUGUCCAUUAAUGGGGUCACGGCUCACCCCCACAUUGAAGCAGAUGGUACAGUCUACAACAUUGGUAACUGCUUCGGAAAGAACAUGAGUCUUGCUUACAACAUCAUCAAGAUCCCACCUGCUCAGAAAGAUAAAUCAGACCCCAUAGAGAAAUCCCAAGUUGUGGUUCAGCUCCCCAGCAGUGAGAGGUUAAAGCCCUCCUACAUCCACAGUUUUGGUAUCACAGAGAACUACUUUGUGUUUGUGGAACAACCGAUUAAGAUCAACCUGCUGAAGUUCCUGUCAGCCUGGAGCAUCAGAGGAGCAACAUACAUGGACUGCUUUGAGUCUAAUGAAAGCAUGGGGACAUGGUUCCAUUUGGCCACUAAGGAACCUGCAGGUUAUUUGAAAAACCACAAAUACAGAACUUCGGCUUUCAACCUCUUUCACCACAUCAACGCCUACGAAGAGCAGGGAUUCAUCGUGGUCGACCUCUGCACGUGGAAAGGACAUGAAUUUGUGUACAACUACCUGUACUUGGCCAACCUGAGGGGGGAGUGGGAGGAGGUGAAGAAAGCAGCGAUGAGGUCUCCACAACCUGAGGUCCGGCGAUAUGUGCUGCCUCUGGAUAUUCACAGGGAAGAACAGGGGAAGAACCUGGUGUCCUUGUCCUACACAACAGCAACCGCUGUUCUUCUCAGUGAUGGUACUAUUUGGCUUGAACCCGAAGUUCUGUUCUCUGGACCGAGGCAAGCCUUUGAGUUUCCCCAGAUCAAUUACUCCAAGUGCUGUGGAAAGAAGUACUCCUUCGCCUAUGGUCUCGGGCUCAACCACUUCAUCCCUGACAGGAUUGUCAAGCUGGACGUGCAGACCAAAGAGCAGUGGGUGUGGCAGGAGGAAGACUGUUACCCUUCUGAGCCGCUGUUUGUGCCCACGCCUGGAGCCACAAAGGAGGAUGAUGGCGUGUUGCUGAGUAUAGUGGUGAAGCCCGGAGCAGAGAGACCAGGAUUCCUGCUCAUUCUGGAUGCCAUGAAGCUUACGGAGCUCGCCAGGGCUGAGGUCAACACCAUCAUCCCCGUCACUUUUCAUGGGAUGUACAAACCGUCGCCUUCACCUUAAACACGUCAAUCUGUGUCUGAUUCCUGCAGGGGCAGGCUGGUGUAUUUAGUCAAUGCAGCCUUUAGAUCAGUUUUUAGAAAUAUAUCAUUGUAGUUUACACCAAAGUCCCGGUGAUAAGGAAUGUAAAGCAGCAGAACAGCGGGACCUGGACUCCCUUUACGAUUUUUUUCCCCCAGUUGGAUUGUAGUAUUAUUUCUUUUCAUCUUUUAGUUUGUGGUGAUUCCCAGUGUUUUUAUAUCAGUUAUUUUCCUUUUAACUAAUGCAGUCAUGCUCUCAGUAUAGGUGUUGCUUACUAAAACUGCACUGAGAUAAAUCAUUUUAAAAUAAAUAAUAAACUUCUUAAAAUGUGCUUGCCCUUAUUCUGAACAGGUAAAUAGGAUGAUUUGCCAAUGGAAAUAGUAUUUUAGCCCCUUAUAUAUAAGAUAAUUGGAUAUUAUUCACUAGAAAUAAAUCAAUGCAACCAGAAUAAGAACAAUGACACAAUGCUUUUUUUCUUAUUUUAUAUGGAAACUCUCUUAUUCCAUUGGGAAAAUGUCUCGCUUACCUACUUAAUAAAAAAAAAAAAAAAGUACUUAUUUCAGGAAAAAAUGUCUUAUUUAAAUUUCUUUUUUUGCAGUGUUAAAAUGGGCUUUGCAAAUUCAGGGUGGAUUUAUGUAAAACAAAUAAGUAGAAACCAUAUAAAAUAUCAAACAAACUUUACCUAAAUGAAGUUAAUUAAAUUAAAAAGAAACUGGAAAACUAGGAGCUAAAUAAAGUAAACAAGCCCUCUAAACUCGUCGAUAUCAUGUACAACAGUGAAUAUGCUUACAUAAACUCACUAAUCGAGAAGUGGACGAUCACCUGAUGAAUUUUAUCUCAUAUUAAAUCAAAAGUCUUGAUCCAUCUCAUUUCUGGACCUACUAACCACAGACAGGAACCUGCAAAUUCAAACAACAUAUUUUAGAAGAAAGAAGUCCCUUGCAGCAGCUGCAGUGUUUAUUACUGCAUUGUUAGGAGAACAAAAUGCAAUUAUCAGCUUGCAUUACAAACAGUAGUGAGCAUUAUCACUGUCUUGGACUUAAAUCAUUGUAAAGUUGGUUUUGAUGUCUUUCCUGACCCAAGUCUUUCUUCAAAAGCAAAAGAAAGAAAACCAUUAUAACCCGACAGAAAUAUCUGCUGGUCCAUAUAGAACUUUGGUUUGUAUAAAGUUCUCAAAAUGUUUUUCCUGGCACUUUUCUUUUUAAGUUUCAACUUAUCUGGCAUUAAUUGUGCCCAAAUGUCCCCUCAGAACCGUUAACUACAGCCCAGGUACCACCGGUGGAUUGAGAAACAACACUUUCCAAGCUUAGAAAUAAGACAUUUAAAAUGCUAAUCAAUUAACAUGGUGGUGUGUAAGGUUUCAUCUAUUCUGUGAUUAGCAACAUCCCAUGUUAUUGAUGCUGCUUCUCUGGCUCGCAGAUAAACAUUUUCAUGUAGCUUAACAUUUAAUCCACGUAUCCUGCACUUAAAAAUGUGUUGUUUUAUCGGAACAUAUAACAAUUCAAUUUAUUACGGUACAUUGCAUACAGAAGACCAGUGGUCGUCUUACAGUUAAAUAUUAAAAAAUGUCUAAAUUGCAAAAUAUGUCAAAUAAACAGUUGAAGCAA